AUGGUGCCCACUGCCUCCGAUGAACUCCACAACAGAAACACAAAAGCCAUUGAUGCGUCGGUGGGCGGUUUAGUUUGGGUUCGCAGGAGGAACUGGUCGUGGUGGCCUGGUCGGAUUAUGAGUAUGGACGAGAUUGCGGAGGGUAAUUUGGUUUCGCCAAGAUCGGGCACUCCAGUCAAGCUUCUUGGCCGAGAUGAUGCGAGUGUGGAUUGGUAUAAUCUUGAAAAAUCCAAAAGGGUGAAGGUAUUUAGAUGGGGAGAAUAUAAUGAAUGCAUCGAAAGAGCUAGGGUAGCAGCAGCAAAUGGCAUUAGAAAAGCAGUCAAAUAUGCUUGUAGAGGCGGAGCUGUUGGGCCAGAGCCAGCAGUCGGUUCGAUCCGGAAGCGCCCAUGGUCACCGGCAAAUGGCGCCUCCGCUAUGAGAAGGAUAUAA